CAUGAUCACACUGAACCACCCAAACUUUAAAAUUCAUCCAAAAAAAUCUAUCACACUCCACCACUACAAAUAGCAUGUGGGUCUAAACUCAAAACUUUGAAUACUUUAACCACACUUAGCUCUUCCUCCUCUCUGUCUAAUACACAUUCUGCCGUCACACUCUCCCAUCCUUAUCUCCCUUUCUUUCUCCAUCUCAGUAACAACAGCAUCAAUCUUCUCAUUAUUUCUUUCUUUCCCUUUCAGCUAAUUUCACAAACACAUGGUGAUCACUAUCUAGCUCCACCUCAAAACCCAUCCAAAUCCACAUACCCACCAAGAAAAAUCCACGACCCACUUCUCCAAAAUCGAUUCUCUCCUCUUCCCUGCAAGAAAAAUCACUUUUUUCCAUGGCCUUCGAGACUUUACUCAUCAGGGUGAAAACCGCGUUAUCACACAGCUUCGACGCCGCCGCGCGACCCUCAAACUCGUCGCCGAAGCCGAAACGCGUCGCCGUUUUGGCCUUCGAGGUCGCCGGCGUGAUGUCCAAGCUCCUCCACCUCUGGCAGUCCCUCUCCGACGCCAGCGUCGUCCGCCUCCGAAACGACGCCGUGUCACUCGAGGGAGUCUGGAAGCUCAUCUCCGGCGACGAGUCGCUCCUCCUUAAACUCUCCGCCGCCGAGUUCGCCGUCUCGCUCCGGCACACCGCCGAGUCGGUCUCCCGCCUCAGCCGCAAGUGCCGCGACCCCGCUCUCCGAUCGUUCCCCGGAGUCUUCGCCGAGUUCGCUGACUCGGGCCUCGACCCGCACGCGUGGACGAUAACCACCCCCAGAGAGAUCGAAGCCAAGCACAAGAGAAUGGAGCGUUACGUGACGCUCACGGCAACGCUGCACAGAGAAAUGGACGAGCUAUCGCUCUUGGAAACCGCGUUGAGGAAAGCACUUCACCACAGCGGUUCCGACACUGAACCGUUCUCCGCCGUGAAGGAUCACCAGAAAAUUUCUGACCUCCAGCAGAAGAUUUUCUGGCGGAAACAAGAGGUGAAGAGCCUCAAGGAACGAUCGUUGUGGAGCAAAGGCUUUGAUGGGGUUGUUCUGUUGCUUGCAAGAUCAUGUUUCACUCUGUUAGCGAGGAUUAAGGUUGUGUUUGGAAUCGGACACCGUGUACCUUGUUUGUCUCGAAGCUUAUCAGCUUCUGCCACUGUUUAUCCCUCUGAUCAUCAUAAUCAUAACCCCACUUGUUCUUCUUCUUCUUCAUUUGUAUCUGGGCCGUUGGAAUGUUCAAAGGCUGAUGAGAAAAAAGAGGGUUUGGGAAUUGGGUUUUUUGAGUCCAAUUGCAAGGUUUUGAAGCCACCACUAGGUAGUUUAGGAGCUUCAGCUCUUGCUUUGCACUAUGCUAAUUUGAUAAUUGUGAUGGAGAAGAUGAUUAAGUCACCCCAAUUGGUUGGUGUGGAUGCAAGGGAUGAUUUGUAUGCUAUGUUACCAAGCAGCAUAAGGUUGUGUUUAAGGUCUAGAUUGAAAGGGGUUGGAUUCUCUGCUUGUGAUCCUGUGCUUGCUGCAGAGUGGAAAGAUGCUUUGGGGAGGAUACUUGGGUGGUUGUCACCUUUGGCACAUAACAUGAUUAGGUGGCAGAGUGAAAGGAGCUUUGAGAAUCAGAGGUUGGUUGCCAAGACUAAUGUGUUGCUGUUGCAGACUUUGUUCUUUGCAAACAAGGACAAGACAGAAGCUGCUAUAACUGAGCUGCUUGUGGGGUUGAACUAUGUUUGGAGGUUUGAGAGGGAAAUGACUGCUAAGGCAUUGUUUGAAUGUACAAAGUUUAAUGAGUUGUCAAGCUUGCAGAAACUCAGCUAAGGUGAUGAGGAUUUUUUAUUUUUGUUCUUUUUCUUUUUUGCUUUAAUGAUGAGGGUGCUAAUUUUGUCUCAUUGUCUGUAUCAAGUGUUAUGGUGGUUGAUUUUAGAUUAUUGAAGUGAAUUCACAUCCUUGCUUCUAACAUGGUCUGUAUAGAUGUAUGUAAAAAGAUAUAUAUGAGUUUUGAGUAAAAUAUCAAAGAAAUGCAUGGACUUUCCAAA